UCCCCGGGGUUCGGCGAGCACCGGUGGCGGGUCCAGUGUCCGCUCGGUCGCAGGCCAGGCCCGGCCUCGGAGGUGGGGGCAGCAUGAAGUGUCUGGUCACCGGCGGCAACGUGAAGGUGCUCGGCAAGGCCGUCCAUUCCCUGUCCCGUAUCGGGGACGAGCUCUACCUGGAGCCCCUGGAAGAAGGGCUCUCUCUCCGGACGGUGAACUCCUCUCGAUCUGCCUAUGCCUGCUUCCUCUUUGCCCCACUCUUCUUCCAGCAGUACCAGGCGGCCGCCCCUGGUCAGGAAGGCCUACGCUGUAAGAUGUUGAUGAAGUCGUUCCUGUCCGUCUUCCGUUCGCUGGCGAUGGUGGAAAAGACUGUGGAGAAAUGCUGCAUCUCGCUGAGCGGCAGGAGCAGCCGCCUGGUGGUCCAGCUGCACUGCAAAUACGGGGUGAGGAAGACGCACAACCUGUCCUUCCAGGACUGCGAGUCCCUGCAGGCUGUCUUUGACCCGGCCUUGUGCUCCCAUGUGCUCCGGGCCCCUGCUCGGGUCUUUGGGGAGGCCGUGCAGCCCUUCUCCCCCGCACUGGCAGAAGUGACACUGGGCAUUGGCUCUGGCCGCAGGGUCAUCCUGCGUAGCUACCUGGAGGAGGAGGCAGACAGCACCGUCAAAGCCAUGACGACGGAGAUGAGCAUCGGGGAGGAGGACUUCCAGCAGCUGCAGGCCCAGGAAGGGGUGGCCAUCACUUUCUGCCUCAAGGAAUUCCGGGGACUCCUGAGUUUCGCAGAGUCUGCAAACUUGUCUCUUAGCAUUCACUUCGAUGUGCCAGGCAGGCCAGCCAUCUUUGCCGUCCAGGACUCUCUGCUGGACGGACACUUUGUCCUGGCCACAAUGUCAGAGUCAGACCUGCACUCCUCGGAGCUCCACAGGCUGGUGCCUCCGCUCCAGGCCCCCAGUACACCCCACCUGGAUGACUUUGCCAGUGACGACAUUGACUCUUACAUGAUCGCCAUGGAAACCACUGGGGACAGUGAGGGCUCACGGGCAGUAGUACCCUCUAUGUCCCUUUCACCUGGCUGCCGGCCCCCCUCUAGCCCGGGCCCCUACUCAGAGGACAACGAGACCGAGCCUGGCACAGAGCCUGGGACUCCCCCACCCAAGAAGUUCCGCUCGCUGUUCUUUGGCUCCAUCCUGGCCCCCGCACACUCCCCUCCCGGCCCCAGCCCAGUGCUGGCUGAAGACAGCGAGGGUGAAGGCUGAACCAGGAACAAGCCUGUCUCCAGAGGCCCUGGACUAGACGAAGCUACAGCCUCCCCCUGCCCCUGGAGGGCUGCAUCUCUACCCUAGGGGUGGUAACGUGGCGCUGGAGCAGCCGGGCGGUCCUGUCCCCACCCCAGACCCCUCCCAGCUGUCUGUGAGCAGCCUGGGCCCUGUCUUUUCUCACCAACUCCCAACCAAUCAUGUCUGUUCCCAGGCUUGGCACUGAGCUGCCUGCCACCUGAUGGGAGGUCCCUCACCUGUUACUCUCUGUGGGCCUUCCAGCCAGACUCCUAACCCCAUAGCCAGGGUUGGACACCUGCCUUCCCUAAGACAAAACUCACAGAGAGGCUGCUGGCCCCUGCUGGUCUGCCUUCUCUGCCAAUCAUGACGUGUCCCUUCCUUAAAUCCUGGACACACCUCUGGGAUCCCUUAUGGCUGGCAAGCUAUAUUUUUUUGGCUUUCUCUAUGCUGUCUGGCCCUGGUUUGGAAUCCUAAGCCCCUGUGGACCUGAGCCUGUGGCUGGGGUUGCCCUGGCUGGCGCCCCAUGCCCGGCAAGCCUGUCCUCCCCAGUGGUUCUGGGUAGAAGGGCUGCCAGGCUCAGUAUUUGGGACAAGGGAGACAGAGGCCGUGGCGAGAAUCCAGCUUUGACCUUUAUUCAAGAGACCAGAUGGGUUGUCCCAGGAUCUGUCUGCUGGCCCUGAGGCCAAGCAAGGCUGGAAACCCACAUCUGGCCCUGCUUUGCCCUGAGCUGCAGCCUCAGCCCCAGGAUCCUCCAUGUCACCACUGCUGGUACAGGCGGAAGGAGCCCUGGGGAUUGGACGCUGCUAUUGAUUCAUUAAAAAAAGGAAAAUAUA